CAAUUAAAACCAUUAAGAGUGUGUGUCGGUGGGACGGUGUGAGGAUUAACCUUGUUCGUGUGACCUGGCUCGGUGCGAUUCUUUGGCCGCUGCAGCAGCAGCUGUCAACCCACGGCCGCCCGCGUUAGCGAGCUGAAAGAGAGAGGACUGCGGGGGUAAUAGGCUCAGAAGUUGUUUGCAGAAACCUUAAACUUGAGUCGUAAGUUGAGCAAAGUGUGCAGAGAAAGGCUGAAUUUGUCGUGCAUACGAUUGUUUGCAGUUUUCUGCAGAACCGCUAUUGUCCUGCAUUUCAUUCGGUGCUCAAACGUGCAGAUGCUGAGUGGCGAUUUGGCUUUUGUGGACGGCCCAUUGUCUGGUGUGUGGUGAAUGGGUUCCCCGAGUCUGCAGUGCAGGGGGACACCUGGUUGAGGGCUUGUUGAGAGCAGCUGGAGGAUCUUAUAUGUGCUUCUUGUGUAGACGACGGCUCUCUCGGUUAUUUUAAACCACUUCUAAAUAUCAUAAACCUUCACGAGGACUGAUUUAUUAGAAUGAUUUGUUUCCCUUAGUGUACCGAAUGAGCUGGAAAACGAGUGUAUAUCUGGGGCAGACUUAAAGUUACAUGUAUGCUCCUCGGUUCUCCGGUGCCGUUUCUAUUUAUGUUAACUGCCGUUUCCCUGCCUUAACCUCCAGGUGGAUGAUCUGCACGAUUACGUCCGUUCAGUUAUGUCAUUGCUUAAGUUAGUGAGCCUCCAUCUUUUCUUUUCGGGCCUACGGCAACCUCUCAUCCCCGUGUACCUUAAAAUAUAUAAAUAAAUACAGCCUCCAGAUAGAAACGUAAUUUACCGUUAUUUCAUUCUUGUUCUUAACUGAACACACUGUGGUUAUUGGAGUAUUGGUCCCUGUCCAGUUGCUUUUAUUGUGUUUCAAUUACAGAAACAAUGCAGCCCAAUUGCAAGAACAAAAGCUUGAUAAUGAUGCUGGUAAAUAUUGGCACAGAUCUCCGGUCGUCAAUUAGUCCCUGGCUACUUGGUUCAGAGCCACGGUGUUGGUCUGAAUAGAAUUCAGUCCGAAAACUUACUGCCUUUUCUCUCAUUUUGUCUUUGAAACUUGAUAUUAACUUUUUUCUUUUUUUUUUUGCACAAUUCUGUCUCUAAUUCUGCCAAAAUCUUAAUAUAUCAACGUAUGAGGUUAAAUUCCUCCUUGGUUUGCGCCUCAAAUUGAAUUAAUCAAGACGUUUUCCAGCUGAAAGCCAUAAGAGAGGAUUGUGGUCGGCCUCAGACGCGGCCGUGUCUUAUCAAUUUGUCUGAUUGUCUAUUAGUGGUAAUUGGAUUAACCAAAGCCUCCACCACAAGUGACGCUGUAGCAGCGCGUUGGAGGCUCAGUCGCUGAGCAACACUCUCAGAUGAAGGCGCUUUUAGCGACGCAGGCUGUCCAGAUAGAUGCUCCCACUUUCUUUGGCCGGGUGCUGUCCUGUGGGAUGGGUGACGGCCAAGAGCAGGACUACGAGGAGCGGCUGAAGGAAGUUUUUAACAGUUUUGACACCGGCGGCUGCGGCUCCCUGUGCCCGGAGGAGCUGUCUGAACUCUGCCGGUCCCUCCACCUGGACGAUGCCACGCCAGCGCUUCUCCACGCACUGCUGCAGGACCAGGACCCCCUCACCCUCAGGGUUCACUUUGAGCAGUUCAAGAACGCACUUAUUCUCGUUUUGUCGGCAAGCGUCGAGCCGCCUCAAGCGGAACAGGAAACUUCAACGAAACCAGGGUCUCCUGAGAUCCAACCAAAGUUUGUGAAGGGCAGCAAACGUUACGGCCGCCGCUCCACGCCAGAGUUCAUCGAGCCUAUUUCGGACUUGGCCGAGGUGGCGAGCGUAAACCCAGCUGAUGAGGAGGAUUUGGAGGACGCCUAUGACUCAGCUGUUCCCAGGAAGCGUGAGCGCUGGAACGCUCACGACACAAGCGCAGAGGAGUAUGAAGCCGAAGGUCAAAUGCAUCUCUGGAACCCAGAUGAGCCGAGUACACCCCGGGGAUCCGUCGGUCCUCUGUCCACACGUUUAGAGGAGAAACUACGUGAAGCCUGUGAUGAUCUGGCCAUAACGUGGGAUGGAUGUGCCAGUCACGCUGAACUGCUCAUGCUCUGUGAGCAUAUGGGCCUGGAGAUAAACGGGGAUAUCCUCCUGAGUCUGACUUCUGAUGGAGUGAUGAGCGUCCAGGAGUUUGUUUCUAGGGUCGUAAACCACAACAAGCCCCCGACACCGUCCGCCUCCACUCCCUACAGACAACUUAAACGGCUCCACUCCACUCAGCCGUUUGAUGAAGGAGGCCGGAGGAUCGCUACUCCCUCCGCUUUGACCAGCACCAUCGGCAUGCGUCUCUUCUCCACACUUGAUGACGGCACUGGUUUCGCUCCGGUUGAAAACAUCCUGGACGCCUGGGUAGAAGAGGGAAUAGAUAACAGCACUGAGAUCCUGCAGGCUUUGAAUUUCGACCUGGAUGGAAAGCUGAGUCUUAGUGAUCUCACCAUGGCACUGGAAAACGAGCUGCUCGUUACCAGGAACGGGAUUCACCAGGCGGCUCUGGCGAGUUUCAAAGCCGAGAUUCGAUAUCUCCUUGAACGUGUGGACAGAGAAAUCAGGGAGAAAGAGAAAAUCCGGUCUGACCUGGACAAAGCAGAGAAGCUGAAAACUCAGCUGGCCACCGAGGUGGAUGAGCAUCACUCUGCAAUCGAGCACAUGAAUAAUCUCAAUCUCAGGAAGCUUGAGCAGGACCACAAAGAGAAGCUGGCAGCGGUGCGAUCGGAGCUGAUGAAGGAGAUGGACCAGAUCCAGCAGCAGGCCGGCCUGCAGCGCGAGGAGCUGGAGGCCGAGAUCGAGAAGAUCAGGGAGGAUGAGUCUUUUCUCAGAGACCACCUCUCUAUCUCAGUGAAGGAGAACAGGCGUCUUGAAAUGGAGUUACUGGACAGCACCGACAAAUUUAUGGAGGCGCAGAGUCACAUUUCCAAACUCCAGACAAGUUUGGACAACAUUAUGAAAGACAAGUUUGGAGACCUGGACCCCAACAGUGCUGACAUCUUACUCCAAGAGGAACGUAUUAAACAGCUACGCAACGGCUACGAAGCUCAGUGCAGGGAACUGCAGGAUCGUAUUGACGAGCUGCAGUCGGAGUUGCAGGACUUCCACAGUCUGGGUCGAAGUCAUCAGCCCGGACACAAGCCUCUGUCUGAGGAGCUGGAGAGUAAAAGCCCCGGCAUGGAGUCCGACCCAGGUAUCGGUUCAGAGGAGGUUCAGCCUUUCAGCAUGAGUCUGGAGGCAGAGAUGAUGCUGGAGCAUCUGAAGGAGCAGCACCUUCAAGAAAUGGAGGAUUUGCGGAACCAGCUGGAAGCAAAGAUCAGUGAAUUCGACAAAAUGGUGGAAAAGCAGCGUGCGACCCACGAGGACCAGAAAGCUUCCUUGGUCCUCCAGUACCAGCAGGAGGUGCAGGCGCUGAGGGAGGAGAUGGCCGGCGUUCAGAGCCACGCGCGGGAGCUCCAGAUCCAGCUCGAGCAGGCGGAGCUGGAGCGGACCUGUCUGGAGGAGAAGCAGGCGGAGGAGAGGGCCGACCUCGAGAACCUGCAGGAGGAGGAGGUGGGAAACCUCAGGGCCCGGCUGCUUGAAGCCCACGCCCACGUCGCCGACCUGGAGGAGCAGCUGAAGACGCUCGAAGCCCGGCGGGUGGAGGCCGAUGAAAAACUUUCAACUGAGGUGGAGGAGCUGAGCAGGCAACACGCCGCUGAGAUGGAGAAGCUAAAAGAGGAGCAUGCAGAGUUGCUGAGUGUCAGACUGGAAGAGCAGAGAAAGGAACUGCAGGAAGAAAUGGCUCAAAUGGAGAGGAGAUUAAUGGAUGACUGGGAAAGAGAGAAGGAAACGUUGGAAGGAAGCCAUGAGGAGAAACUGAGGGCUGAACUAGAGGAGGCGAAGUUGAGGUUUGAGGAGGAGCGCGAUGAAACUGUGAAGAGGCUGACGGAGCAGUGGCAGAAAGAGAGGGCUCAGCUGGACGAGCAGAAUAACGAGACUCUGCAGGUGUUGCUGGAGGAGGAGAUGUUGAGACUUGUCAGGGAGCAAGAGGAGAAGGAGACGAAGCUGAGGGAGCAGUGGGAGAGGGAGCGAGCUCAGCUUGAGGAGAGUCACGGGAAGGAUCUGCAGGACAGGAUGGCUGAGGAGAGGCUGCAGCUGCAGGAGCAGUUUGGGCAGAAGGAGAGAAGGCUGAGGGAGGAGUGGGAGAGGGAGAGGCUGCAGCUGGAGGAGGACUACGAAGGCAUGAUCCAGGAGAGGCUGAGCGAGGAGAAGGAGAAGCUUGAGGGCGAGAGAGAGGAGGAGGAGAGGAGGCUGGAGAAACUGGUGGCCGAGGAGAAGGCUCGUCUAGAGGAGAGUCACCGAGAGGCCGUGAAGGAGCUGAGCGGCAAACACGCUGAGGAGAGGGAUGCUCUCAGUGCCACGUUGGACCAGCUACGAGACGACAUCGCUCGGGAGAGGAGGGAAAUCGAGAUCAGCUUCAACCAGAGAAUCAAAGAAGUGGAAGAUCGGUUCUCAGGUGAUCAGGAAUCUGUUGCAAAGCGUUUUCAAGCUGACGUUCUGAAACUAGAGCAGCACUAUCAAAAUGAGCUGAAGGACCUUUGUGACAGCCACGCCAUGCAGAAGCUCCAAUGGGAAGCAGAGAUCCAGAAAGCUAUUGAGAGCGCUGAGGAACAAAGAAAGAUAAUAGAGGAUGCCAUGGAUCAGGAAAGAAGGAGACUGAAUCAAGAGUGGGUGAAAGAACGACAGGAACUAGAAAGUGUUCACAACAAAGAAGUGGAAGCACUUAUGAUGGAGAACAAGCAGCUGCAGAAGGAGCUUGAUGACAUGGUCAGUAAGGCUCAGACGAAAGAAAUCGAGCUGAGUAGGCAGCUGAACGAGCUCCAUAACAGGCUCCAGGAGAGUCUGAAAGCCAGAAACGAACUUCUCUCUCAGUCCGAGAACAAAGCCCUCGAGACGGAGCUCCUGUUGAAUCAAACCGUGGAGGAUUUUAAACAGGAGCGAGAAGAACUCGUGAGCAACUAUUCAGCGCUCGAGGCGAAAUUCACGGAGAUGCUUUCCGUUUCUGAGAGGCAGAUCGCGGAGAGGAUCGCGCUGUUAACCGAGCGUGACGAUUUGAAGGUGAAGAUAGAGGAGUUGGAGGUGCUUCUUAAACAGUCUGCGGUGGACUUUGAGCUCGAGAGGAAGGAGCUGCAGGAAAACAUGUCCGUUCUAGAGGAGAAGCUAAAAGCGAGUGACGGAGCAGAGGUUCGGGAGGAAACGGAUGCACUUAAAAUCAGAAUUAAAGAGCUGGAGAUGGAAGUAAAACUGCUUUUGGCCUCUGCAGAAAAUGCUGAGGAAAAAGAAAUAAAUGAAUCCAAUGAAAUUAAUUCAUUUCUGGAGAAGAUGUCUGCAGAGGAACCAUCUCAGACUCUAGUUGAACAAGAUGUAGAGACUCUUGAUCAGGACAAUGAGGACGAUAACCAAAAACAAGAUGAUAGAAGAGUUUUGCAAGCAGAAAUGACUGAGACAAGUAUUUUACAGCCUGAAAAUGCCGCUGUCUUUGGUGAGCAAUGUGACGAUCAGGUUGUUGAUGUUCCUGAUUCCCAGCACACAAGCCCCAGGCGAGCUGAACUUUGUUGUGAAAGCCAUGAAUCGACACCUUGUGACCAACACAGACCUCAAUCCCCAGAAAAUAACUUGAAUGCUGAAAACAAAAAAAACGAGGCCGUUUCCCCAGAGAUGCUGCGUGAGCCCGUCUCAUCACCUGAGGCUUUGGGAGAGAAUAAAGUAGUUUCUGAGUCGCCUGACGAGGAACUCGAACCUCAAGAUGUUCCAGCUGUGGACCGUGGAAGCUCUUCCCACGAAGACGAGCCAAGUCACGAGAAUGUGGUCCCUGCUCCCUCAACGCCGGAGGGAGCAGGUGACCCAGAUGAACCGUCUCCUGUGGACGUUGAGGUUAAACGUUUACCAAAUGACUCUCAUGACAGCGGACAGGAAGCUGAUAUCAAUGUGGAUUCAGAUUGUGAACGUUUAACCACAGGAGGGACGGAUGAAAAGUACGAUUGUGUGGAAACGGCGGGCGAAGAUUGUGACCGUGAACAACAGGGGAGCUCUCUCCGGAAGCUCCAUUCUUUAUAUAACACCGCCACAAAUGAGAACGUCCUCCUGCAUGAGAAAAUCUCCUUGCUUCAGCAGAAGACCGAGAUACUGGAGAACCUGUUGGCCCACAACAAUGAGAAGAUCAAAAGCGGCCACCAGGUUUUAGAGGAGAACUACGGGCUCAAGGUGAAGAUGCUGCUGCUGAUGGAUCACGUGAAGGAGCUGGAGACGAAGGCCUUGGAAGCGACCGAGCUUCAGAUCAGAUACGAAGACUGCGUGUGUGAAAACGCCAAACUGAAGGACCAAAACGCGGAGCUUGAGAAGAGGGUUUGGAGCCUGGAAAGUAGGGUGAACGUUUUCCACGACUUCCACGAUCAGCAGGUUUCUCUCGUGGAUGAGAUCAGCAGGAUGAGGGAGGAGAACACAAAGCUGUCUGAGCUCUUCAUUGAGUUGGAAAAUCAGGAAGGGAUUCUCUCAGGUUUGCACCCCGAUGACAAAGAGCAACCAGAGAGCCCUAACGAGGAGGAGGAGGAUGAGGAUGAGGAGGAGGAGGGGGAGGAGGCUUUACUGGAUCUGUAUCUGGAGGAGAACGCUCAGUCGGUGUCCAAGUUCGAGAAGCAGAACACCGAACUUCGGAGAGCCAUCGCAGAGCUGCAAGACAAGUCACAGACUUUAAACGAAACGACACAAGCUCAUAGGUCUGAAGCCAGUCGUCUUGCAGAAGAAAACGUCUUCCUCAGGCAACGAAUCGCUGCACUGAAGGAAGAGGACUUGAAAGAGGCCCAGGAAGGGUUAACAAAAACACUGGAGCAGUUGAAAAAGGAGAAGUUUGCAGCUCAAAAAGCGGCAGAAAAUUUUAAGAAACAGAUUUCAGAGCUGCGUUUGCAAAGCCAGCAGCUUGAGGACGAGAACGAGACGCUGUCGGAGAAAAAUUCCCAAAACGUUGCCGACAUGGAGACUCUGCAGCAGCAGCUGGAGGAGCUGAUCAAGGAGAACGAGGAGAGGGUGGCGUUCCCUGCCCAGGAGAAGCGGAAGCUGGCGGCGUGUGUGUCCGCUCUGAAGGCAAAGUUGACCAAGGCUCUGGGGAACGCUGCACAGCUGGAGGAGAGGAAUUUCCAGCUGUCACAGCAGCUCAGAGAGAAGGCGGGUAAAGUGGACGCUUUGGAGAGUCGGCUCAACCAUCUCGUCGAGGAGAGGAAGGCUGUGGAUAAAGAGACUGUCGGUCUGAGGAGCCAGCUAAACAAAGCUGAAGAGAGAGUCAAAACCGUGGAUGAUUCUCUUCAGGGCGUGAGCCGUCAAAAUGCUCGUCUGAAGUCAGACCUCCGUGUCGUGCAGCAGGAGAGGGAUUCCCUCAAACAUGAAGUUACAGUGCUACACAAACAGCUGCAGAAUGCCAAUGAUAAAAACCAUGUCCUGGAGAUGUCCAUGCGCUCCGGCAGUCUGCAGAACCACAGCAAGAAGCUGCACAGAGAGGAGACGUCUCGUCUGGAGACCUGCAAGGACCUGCAGCUGCUGAGGCAAGUCAACGAGAGCCUCCAGGCAGAAGUUCACAGCAUCAAAGAAGACCUGGUCCAGUCCAGAGAGAAGGCCCGUCAGCUGGACGCGACCGUCUCGUCUCUGAAGCAGAACAAACAACACAGUCAGUCGUCGCUGGUUAAAGCCCUGGAGCAGGAGAACGCCGCUCUGAGGCAGGAGCUUGAAGCACAAAGGGAGCUGAAUAAGGGCUGCGAAGCUGCACAGAGACACUCGGAGCUGGAGAGUCUUCAGCAGGAAAACGAGGCGCUCAAAGCCCAAAUGGCUCGACUGUCCACACAGCUCUUAGAGUCCUUUCAGGCUCAGUUAGUCGGACUUCUUCCUCCAUCUCCUCACAGGAUGCCCAGAGGACAACAUCGCGGUGAAGAUCCAGACAACGUGCAGCAGGAUGAAAGGGAGCGGAAGAUGAGGAAGAUGGAGGAGCGCAUGAGGGAAAUCGAACUGUCGCUGCACAACGUCAAGCUGCUGCUCAAAGAGAAGGUCGCUCAGCUGAAAGACCAGCUGAACAAGAACGGCAAAGCCGACGUGCUGAUCAAAGACCUGUACACGGAAAACUCCCAGCUGAUCAAGGCCCUGGAGAUCACGGAGCAGCGGCAGAUAAUCGCAGAGAAGAAGAACAAUCUGCUGGAGGAGAAGAUCUCCAGCCUCAACAAGAUUGUGCGCGAGCUGAGUCCGUCGCCCGUCCCGUCGCUGAUGUAUCUCAAGUGAAAGUGUCAAACUGUUAAACUGCACUCUAUUUAUUGUGCAACGGGUCCAGCCAAAUGCACAAGUAGCAGGGUUUGUCUCGUAACUGUGCUGAAUAUGCAGUAUUUCUUUUUUAUUAUUUUUAUUCUAAGUUAAUAUUUGGAGCCUCACUGUAAAUGAGAUGUGCUAUUUUACAGUAAUUUAUAUUUUUAUAUGUGUUAUAACUGUCACUACAACAAUACUAAAAGUCUCUGUCCAAAGAGAAACGCAAUACGCACGUGUACUUUCGAUGUAAGUGUACUUUUAUCUGUCCACCUCCAGCCUUUAUGUACAGAAACCCGUCCGUCAGUAGGGAAAUCAUGCAAACAGAAAGUCAAAUAAUCCUAUGACCUUUGAAAGUCUUUUAUCUCACGCUACCUGAGGCCUCGCAGACCUUUGACGUCUGUCCAGUUGCAAUACUUUUAAAUAUAUUUAAAUAAAAUGUUUUUUUGUUUUAUUCUUUUUUAUGAUCUGCUGCACCAUGUAAAGAUGCAUUUGUGCCAUUAUGAACUAUUGAUUGUCGCAGAGUAAGCACUAAAGACUAAACCAUGGUAAUGUCUGUGUUACAUGUAUGAAUAAAAUGCAUGUGUGGACUGUG